AUGGUAAAGGUGCUUUCAAAAGCCACUAAUCUUAAUAGAAAGAAAUCUACCAAGAGUAUUCAUUCUGUUGCCUCGACAUCAACAUCAGAGUCUAUAACUUCGGCGCCAACACCACCACAAACACCACCCAUAAAUAAGGCUCCAACCACGAAUAAUACGUCUGCUAAUAACUCUGCGCCCUCGAAUGGAGUAUCCGAAGAUGAUAAAUUGGUAAAGUCCUUAUUGAAACAAUUCAAGAGGCUAGAAAUAGAUUUAGCAAAGUUUAACUCAAAAACAAACGGAACAACAAAGGCCAAUAUCUUAAGAGCUACUGUAUUGCCAUUUUUGCGGAGCUUAGGUAAUUUAGAUGAAAGUCUUCCGGUCAAUUCCAAGGUCUAUAAAAGUUUGCUUAAUAUAAGCACAUCUGUUUUGCUCAAAUGGUGGGCCUCCUUAUUAAAUAGUCUUGUGCCUAAGGCUAAUCAGCAGUCGAUGGUUUCGAGUACUGAUAGAAAUGCGUAUUUGGAAUGCAUCUCUCGCAUCCUAUCCAGGAGGGAUUGGGGUUAUGUUGAAAAGCAAACACAUGAGAAAUACGAGAAUUUAUUAAUCAGGACGUUGGAUUAUUGUAUCAAUAAAUUGCAAAGUAUGAAGAUAGUUCCUAUUGCUAUUUCUGCAUUCGUGGGGAAGGUUUUCGCUUAUUCAUUUUUCAACAUUCCGAAUAUUAGUAAUGCAUUGUUAUUCUUAUUAAAUGUCAAGCAACAUGUGUUGGAAUCAAAUUUAUCGUAUUUCAAAGACCUUAUUAUAGAUGAAACACUUAUAGACAUGUUGUACGAUGUAUUUCCUCCCGCAACCCAUUAUUUAAUUGAUUUUAAAGGCUUGCCAAUUUUAAAUGAACAACAAAAAACGUUUAUUAAUUCAAUAACUCCUCCAACGCAUCCGGUUAAAGGUAUACAGGACCCAAAUGGUCCAUGGGUUAGAAGAUGGUGUAAUAGCGAUAGUGACGUAUUCAAUUCUUUUUUCAGGCAUUAUGUUACAAUUUUACAAAAUUAUUUAGAGCCAAUUCCUAAUAUUGACCUGUCAAUAUUGUUCCACUGUCCUGGGUUCAAUGUAAUUAUCAGUCAUAUCUGUCAAAUAUUCCAGGUUUCAAUAACGAGAAUAUCUAACAAUAAUAUGAAUAAAUUGAAUAAUGGUCCUCCUAAUGCAUUUGCAGUUCAACAACAAUCUCCUCGUCAACAUCUACCUCUGUUGCCUCCUCAGAGUAAAGGUAAUUCUACACCUCCGCCGCUUAUCAAUGUAAGCAAACAGAAUGAUAUUUAUUACAAUUCAAUUCUAAAAAUUUUCAAGACUGUCAGAGAUAUCAAGUAUUCAAAGAUCGAGUUUAGCACAAGUAUAAUUAAUUUUAUGGAUAACUUGUUUAUAUCCAUUGCCAAAGAUAUAAGUAUUUACGAUCAAAGCAAAAAUGGAUUAUUACUUAAUGUCGUUUAUGAGUUUAUUAAUCAUGUUUCAGGAGAAGUAAAUUGGGAAUUCUGGCUAGGAUGCGUUUACAUGAUGUUGAAUAAUACAGACCAUAUUCAAAUAGUUUUAAAAAAUCUUGCCUUUUUGUUCAAUGUUUGGGGUUCAAUUCCUGAAUGUCUUUCUGAUACACCAAAGAAUGAAAUUCACUCCGCGUGGCUUGUUAAUUUGAACGAAAGUUUUAAAUUAAAUUUCAUUAAUUGGCUUAUAUCGAAUGAGGUAUGGGAAAGAUUCUUCGUCCACUGGAACCCGAUGAUUAGAUCCUUCUAUUUAAGAUUGGUUAUAUGGAGAGUUAUAGGCAUAAACAAUUUUGAAUCUUCAAUUUCUUAUCAAACGACCAAAAAGGUCGAAGAUAAAUUGCAGAAAUCGUACGCGAGAUUAUCGGAAUUCAAUAAUCAGAAUAUUGUGACCAAUUUGAACUUCAAGGCUGAUAACCCAUUGGUUAAUAGAAAAUUUGGAAUACAACCAAUAAAUACCAAUGACGAAUUUAUAUUAGUCAAUGAUCAAGAUGUGUCAUCUAGUUUAACCAAACCUAGUGAAAUAAGGAAAACACACCCCUUUGAAAUAUUUGAUGAAGCAAUAUAUAGCUGUUCGUCAUUGCCUGGCUCCCCAAAAAUUGAUCCUGGAACAAGUCAAGUAGGUGGUAAAUCGUCCAGAAAUAGUUCACUUGUUAGCUCACUUGGUAAACUUUUCAAGAUAUUAUCUAUAGAUGAAAAAGCUGGCAAUGAUCGGACAGACAAUAACCUCUUGACGAGUCAGAGAAAUUCAGUUUCUCUUACCUCAUUGUCAACUACAUUCUCCAUUAAAUCAAGGUCAUCCAGUCCAAGUAUAAUGUCUUUCAAGUCAACGCCUACAUCUUUCACUGAGGUUUCAACUAAUUCAUCCUCAUCAAAGUCAGAUUCUGAAACAUCAAGCGUUCAAACAGAUUCAACCGAAUUAUCAGAAUUAGUCAUUCCAAAUCCCCCAGAACUAUACAAAGUCCCUCCAGAAAUUGUAAGGCCUGCAUUUAAAUUUGGUAUUAUUAUCGAUCAUGAUUCUAUAAAUGAAAAAUAUAUGGUCGUGAAUAAUCAUAAUAGAAAGUUUUUCGAAGGGCCAAGGAAGAGCAAUAAUUUGCCAUUACUUCCUAAGAUUCCAUGUAUCUCGAUCUUUCUUAAUUCAGAUCCAUACGAUAAGUUUUAUAUCACUAACGAAAAUUUGUUAAUUAACGACCCAUCCAACGAGGAUUUGAAUAAUGAAAUUGACUUGUUUAGUAGUAUAGCGAAUAGUUCGAGUAAGAUUAAGUGGUUGAAUUUAGGCAAAAGUUUAAAUGAGUGGAAUUUAAUAAGUGAAGAGUUUGAAAAUUACUUAAUAAAGAAAAUUAAAACUGACCAGUUUAAUUUUAUUAGUAAUUUAAAUGGGAAUGGAAACGGAAAAAAUAGUAUAGAUGAAGAAAUUAGUGAGCAGGAUUAUUUAAAGAGAAUUACGCCCUUUUUACCAGUCGAUGGUUCUAACGAGUCUAAGAUAUUAAAUGCUGGUUAA